AUGACGCCAAACAAAUUCUUCUACGACUUCAACGCCGCAACAUCAUCGUUGGUACUACUUCCACUGCCUCCCUCUCAACCACCCACGUCCCUUCCUCCCUCCUCUCCCUACUACCUGUACACAGAUAUGCGUGAAUUUGCUGUCUGCUAUGGUUCCAAUUGGGAGCCUACAUUCGCUUGGCUGAAUCUCCGGCUAGAUGAUAUUCGUCGAAGCUCCCAGGAUCCCUCGAAGCCUCCGCUGGGUUGGUGGGACCGCAUUCGUCUCAACUACCAUGGGAGACUGGGCUUCGCCUGUGGCCGUAUGAUCUGGCUCUAUCCCACCUCACUGGAUCCCUACAAUUCGGCGGGACGUACAGACGGCGGACGUCCACGCUGUUUCCUCUACACCAAUGUCCUAAAACUGUUUGACCGGCUGAAGAUGUGUCUGACCCGCGUCUCCCGUCCCAUUCGCAAGGGUGCCGUCUUCAGCUGCAUCAAACCCAAGAAGCCGCUUUUUGGCCAACUCCUCCAGUAG